AUGUUAAGGUUGUAGUAGCAAUUUUUUUUUUGAAUUGGGGAAAAUAAAAAAUAAAACUUCAUAUAUUUUAUUUUAAAUUGUGUGCAAAAUCAGAGUUGGUCCAAAGUUGUGUAUUUUGAUUUUUGGGACAAUUUAUUCAAUUAAUAAUUUUCUUAUUUUCGUAUUUUCUUUUCCCUUGUACUUCUUCAUUAUUGCUGAAUGUUGAUCCACUGCGUAAACUCCUAUCUAAUCUCUCUCUCUCUCACGAUCUACACACUUCCGGGAUUAGAUUCGCAGCUUUCAAAGGUUAAUUGUUGAGAUUUAAUAGCAAUGGCGAACAAACCUCAAAUCCGCACGAAUAGCUCGGCGCUCAUAGCUAUGAUCGCCGACGAGGACACAAUUACUGGAUUUUUGUUAGCUGGAGUUGGGAAUGUUGAUUUGAGGAGGAAGACUAAUUACCUCAUAGUGGACUCAAAAACUACUGUGAAGCAGAUUGAAGACGCCUUCAAAGAUUUCACAGCAAGAGAAGACAUUGCAAUAGUUCUAAUCAGUCAAUAUGUAGCAAAUAUGGUACGGUUUUUAGUGGACAGCUAUAACAAACCAAUCCCAGCCAUCUUGGAGAUCCCGUCCAAGGAUCACCCAUAUGAUCCUGCCCACGACUCUGUUCUGUCUAGAGUGAAGUACUUAUUCUCCAGUGAAUCCGUCGCCUCUGAUAGGCGUUGAACAUCUUUGAAAAUAUUUAUUGUACCUACCGAGUAUGUGGCUGCUAUCUUUACCAAUUUGGUUAUCUGCCAACAAUUUUAGUCUCUGAAUUCCUGUUGACAUUUUGUAAUCCAAGAUAAUUCGUGCUUAGCCCGCGAUUGGAAUUCUGUCUUUGAGUGCAAUAAAGUUGUAUUUUUUUA